CACUUACAAGAGAGAGAUAAAAUAAAUAGAUGGAGAGAGAGAAGUGACUGAAUCUUGAUCAUAACGUAGGUCAUCUCAGUUAAUUAAUGAUUAAAUUGUGUUGAUAAAAGCGUACAUAAUUAUCUGCGUGGCGGACUUUACUAUGGUCGCUGGGUCGUGGACACGAAAUGCUUUUUCUUUGGGAACAGUCUGCUUGAUAUCUGAAUACUGCAACACGCAAAAUCAAACAUAUUGCGCAUCCUCAGUUACUUCUUGUGAUGAGAAACUCUAAUUUUAUUUUUAUUCUAAAUAUUUGAGCUUAGUUGUUUGGUGAUUGAUUGUCUAGCGAUAGAUAAAAUCUAUUCUGCACAUAAAAAAAUUGAAAAGCGUCGGAAAAAAUCACUGUAUGUUUCUUUGGAUUAUUUAGCUCAAGGACUUUUAACAAAAAAGAUGAGCAGAACUAAGCUCUUUUUAGGAGGCAUCGCACCUAAUACGAGAGAAAAAGAUGUAGAAUGGUUUUUUAGGAAGUACGGAAAGUUACGAAAAAUAAACCUUAAAAAUGGUUUUGCUUUUGUAGAAUUUGGAGAUAAAAAGGAUGCAGAUGACGCCAUUUAUGAAAUGAAUGGUAAAGAAUUGUUAGGAGAAAGAAUAUCAGUGGAAAGAGCUAGGGGUGGGCGUUCCAGAAGUACUGAUCCUUAUAGAAGAAGUAGUUUGAGCAGAUAUGCAAAAAGAGGGGUUGGUAAAAGAUCCAGAUAUGCUCCACUACAGAGAACACAUUAUCGUCUUGUGGUUGGAAACUUAUCCAGCAAGGUGAAUUGGCAAGGGUUGAAAGAUUACAUGCGCCAAGCUGGUGAAGUCACUUUUGCUGACGCUCACAAGCAGAGAAGAAAUGAGGGUAUUGUGGAGUUUGCUUCUCACAAGGGAAUGGACACUGCCAUCAGCCGUUUAAAUCACAGCGAAUUGGAAGGUCGUAAAAUAAGACUAAGUCGAGACCGCGGAGGUCGAAGAGCUUCAUCCUCGUCCUCAAGUUCAAAAUCUCGGUCCAGAUCAAGAAAAAGAAGCUCCAGUAAUUCAAGGAACAGUUCUGUUGCUGAAGAGAAAAUCGGAAGUGAAAAAUCGCGAUUGCCAUCUUAAGCCAAAUUAUGUUUUAAUUAUAUUGUUUAAUUGUUUAUUAUAUCAGUAUAUAGAUACAUAAAUAUAUAAAAUUAUUGGGUGUCAUGUGUUGAUAUAGUGUUGACUUUACCUGAAUAGAC